GCACCAGUAGCGGCUGGUGGGAUCCCUAUGUCGCAGAGGGGCAGCCGCCACCAAGAAAGAGGCGGAGGACCCCAGAACAGAGUGCCGAAGACACCGCCGCCAUCCUCCUCUCCUACUCCUCCGCCCUUCUGAAAGAGCUCCUCGACUAAGGAUCCUCCCCUCCCAGCUCUUGCAAGCACCCAGCUCAUCGCCUGCCUAUCCUGCUUACACACAGACUCACCGAAAAGGAAGCUGCGAGGUGUCCGAUUUGCACACGUGAAGCCUGAGAUCCGGGCGGUGGACGCCAGGAAAGGAAAGGCCAUUGACAUGAAAACCCCCAACUCACAGGAGGCCGAAGGGCAGCAAACCAGGGCUGUUGCAGGAAAGGCCACUGGGUCUGCAAACAUGAUGAAGAAAAAAGCCUCCCAAAAGAAGCAGAGAGGCAGACCCUCGUCCCAGCCCCGCAGGAACAUUGUGGGCUGCAGAAUUUCACAUGGAUGGAAGGAAGGUGAUGAACCCAUCACUCAGUGGAAAGGAACCGUUCUGGAUCAGGUGCCUAUAAAUCCUUCUCUUUAUCUGGUGAAAUAUGAUGGAAUUGACUGUGUCUAUGGACUGGAACUUCACAGAGAUGAAAGAGUUUUGUCUCUUAAAAUUCUUUCUGACAGGGUGGCAUCAACCCAAGUCAGUGAUGCAAACCUUGCAAAUACCAUAAUUGGUAAAGCUGUGGAACAUAUGUUUGAGGAUGAGCAUGGUUCUAAGGAUGAAUGGAGAGGAAUGGUCUUAGCCCAAGCACCGAUCAUGAAAGCCUGGUUUUACAUUACCUAUGAGAAAGAUCCUGUCUUGUACAUGUACCAACUUCUAGAUGAUUAUAAAGAAGGAGACCUCCGUAUCAUGCCAGAGUCCAGUGAGUCUCCUCUUGCAGAAAGGGAGCCAGGAGGAGUUGUAGAUGGUCUGAUAGGUAAACAUGUGGAAUAUACCAAAGAAGAUGGCUCCAAACGGAUCGGAAUGGUCAUUCACCAAGUGGAAGCCAAACCCUCUGUGUAUUUCAUCAAGUUUGAUGAUGAUUUCCAUAUCUAUGUCUAUGAUUUGGUGAAAAAGUCCUAACUGUCAGGAUAAACUUUGCCACGUUUGUGAAAACAAAUGCGUACUUUGUAGACAUGCAAGAUAAUGUUACUUUUCAGUGUAUUGAAAGCUUUAGGGUCCAUGUUGAUUCAACAUCUUUGCCAGCAUAACUAUUGUCUUGUUCUAAGAAAUACAAAUGUAUGUGGUCAUGACAUGCUGUGUGUAAGGAAUUUGUCAUGUUGAAAAGGUUGGGUGUGUUUGGUGGAUGGAACAUGAAAGGAAGGAGCAGCUGUAAAAUUCAGGCUGUGACUAAAUUUCAGCUAGUAUCAUAAUCAGUCAAAUAAACAUGGAAUAGGACUUAGCUGGUUUGGGCUAGGGAGAGGAGAGGAGAAUGAACUAGAGAUGGGCUGUAGGGAAAAGGAAAAGGGAAGCUGGCUGCUUAAGAAAGGAGGUGGGAAGGGACCGGAAAUGGAGAGGCUCCUAAGGGGAGGGAUGACCUAAGAGUGAGAGGCAGCUAACUGGAAGAGGGUGAAGGAUAACAGAGGGAGAAUGAAAUCUUGGGGCUGAGAGGAAAAUGGACAGGAUAAAUUGAGUAAGGAGGGACACAAAGACGUUUAGAAGAGGUGCAGAGCAAUGGAGAGAAAGGCAAAGUUGGCAGAGAUCUGAGGAGAGGCUAGAGGGAUACUCCAGAAGGGAAGGGACACUGAGGAAGGAGGAAUUCUAAGAAAGACUGACAGAGGGAGUGAGAAUAGAGAAAAAGGGGUAUGAGGUGUGGAGCCGAUGAGAGAUGGAAAGACCCAAGAAAACCAGGCCCUCUGGCAGUCUCCAAGUUGCCCUCCCUAGCUCUGUGCACAAAGGAUGUGGCAACAAACAAACCACAUGGAUCGGAGCCUCCCUAGAGGGGAAUUUUGACAGGACUGUCUCAAGAGUUAAGCAGGAACCAAGUUUAUACUUAAAAGACUUUUAUUAUAUCAGGGACAUCAUGCCACAUCUGCUGAGCAGAGCCCAGCCCUCAGCUUAAACACACUGCAUGGUGCUCCAUAGCAGGGGGCUGUCGGCAGUUUCCUCGUAUUUUCCAGAGGACCCAGGGACAGUAAAUCUCAGACCUGAAGUUCUUGGUU